AACUCGGUUUCUAGGGUUUUCAUUUGCUUCGCUCCCGGGGAUCCUGCGAGCUCUGUUCUCUCCGCUAGUGGAAGUCGAGGAAAUUUCUGGUGAACUGGAAUUGGCCCAUGUGACCAUUUGAUCUCUUUCUCUCAUGAUGGUUGUAGUGAGUGAGAGAUGGGGGACAAGAAGAAGAAGACGUUCAUGUUCAUCCGUCUGGUCUCGGCCGCGGGGACGGGAUUCUUCUACGUCAAGAGGAAGAGCAGCAAGAAGCUUCUCGAGAAGCUCGAGUUCCGGAAGUACGACCCCCGUGUGAAUCGCCACGUGCUCUUCACCGAGCAGAAGAUGAAGUGAGUUUUAAGCUUUCUGCUUCAUCCAAAACCAUGGCGAGUUGCUCUCGUUGUUCAACAACUUCCCAGUCUGCUACUCCUUUCUCCCUUAGUUUGGAUCAUUCACUUUGAGGGUUUAAUUUCAACCCUUCACGCAAUCUGGUUGGAUUGUGAUUGUAAUCUCUCUCUCAUGCCAAUCUUAUUAAUGGUUUUUAUUUUUGCUGCUCUAGAUUCGGGAAAAAUUGCUAUUAGAUUGUUUUUUAUAAUGUUUGAAUAGUACAUCACCUUGAUCCUAAUUUUAUUUGGGAUCUACCUUAUGGAUUCUUAGUUUAUAUUCA